AGGCGCACCGUGCACCGGUGCAAGGGAGCGGCAGAUAGUUUUUUUGUGCGCCUCCAAUUCCCAUUCUCCUCUACUCCAUCGUCGUGCCUGCCGGUGCCAGGCUGCCGGGUGCCACAGUGCCCUGCCACCCAGCAUCGCUCAAUCACUCGUUCGAUCCAUGCUGACUCACCCGAAUGGUGUGGUCCGGCCGUCGACUAAGGAGCCGCUCUUCUCCUUCGGCGUCAUCGCCGACGUACAGUACGCCGACAUCCCGGACGGCCGGUCCUUCCUUGGCGUGCCGCGCUACUACCGUCACAGUAUCGCCGUCCUCCGGCGUGCGGUCGAGAGGUGGAACGGCGAGAGGAGCGUCAGGUUCUGCAUCAACUUCGGCGACAUCGUAGACGGCUUCUGCCCCAAGGACAGGUCGCUGGCCGCCGUGCAGGCCGUGGUGCGCGAGUUCGACGGCUUCCGCGGCGGGCCGACGUACCACAUGCUCGGCAACCACUGCCUUUACAACCUACCCCGGAGCGAGCUGGUCUCCGUGCUGCGCAUGCCGUCGGCGUCGCCGGGACGCGCUUACUACGACUUCUCGCCAUGGCCCGGGUACCGUUUUGUGGUGCUGGACGCGUACGAUUUCAGCGCCGUGGGGUGGCCGCGCGGCCACCCUGUGUCCGCGGCGGCGCGGCGGUUUCUGGAGAAGCGGAACCCGAACCAUGACAAGAACAGCCCGAGCGGGCUGGAGGGGACGGACCGGCGGUUCGUGAUGUUCAACGGCGGCGUGGGCGAGGCGCAGCUGCGGUGGCUGGACGGCGUCCUCCGCCGCGCUGAGCGGCGCGGGGAGAAGGCCGUCGUGUGCAGCCACCUGCCUAUGCACCCCGGUGCCGCGUCCCCGACGGGUCUCAUGUGGAACUACGAGGAGGUGAUGGACGUCGUGCGCCGCCAUGGUGGCUGCGUCGUCGCGUGCCUCGCCGGGCACGUCCACAAGGGCGGGUACGCCGUGGACGACAGCGGCGUGCACCACCGCACGCUGGAGGCCGCGCUCGAGUGCCCGCCGGGCACCGAUGCGUUUGGACACGUCGAGGUGCACCCGGACCGGCUGAGGCUCGUUGGAUCGGACAGAAUGGCCAGCACGGAGAUGCUGCUCAGCCCCUCGAAUGAGCUAGCUUCUGCGUAGAACCUGCAUUUGCCGCAUCUGCUUGUACCGACACUGUUGCUCUACUGCUGCCAUAGUCGUUGGCAGUUGUUUCUUGUAGUUGUAGUAGUUGUAGCGAAGGCUAACGACGAAAUCAAUGGAUACCAACGAACGUAACCGUCGUCCAAAAUAAUUUGCCUACUUUUUUAAGGCAGCCUAUCAAUUUUUGUUUGUUAAAUUACAUAUUAUUCAUUAGUCAAAUUAUGUA